CAACAACAAUCACCAUGCCCGCAGACGGCUCCCUCGCCGUCGAUGAGGAGACAGACCUGGCGCUGCUCACGCAGCACCUUGUCAAGACAAACAGCUUGAGCCAGCGCAUGACCGGUAUCCUGUUCCAGCUCGACGGUCGCCUCUCUCGCCUCGACAAGAGUAUCGCGCCCCUCGGCAUCCGUAAUCUCACCCGCCAACAGGAACAUCUCAAUGCGGUUCUCGAAGCCAUCUCUCCCGGCUCCUCAGCCGCUGCUCCCUCCUCCGCCCCCACUCUUAGCCCUUCUAUAUCCGUGUCUGCGCCACGUCCCUCCGCCGAGCGCGGCGAGUCUUCCAACACCGUCAACAGUGAGCGUAUCAUGCUCCCACCAUCCAAGCCCGCAUCCACCUCCCCCGCCUCCCCCUCACUGGCAACCGCAUCUCGCCCCACCCUCUCCCCCUCCCUCUCCGCCGGAUCUGUCAUGGACCGUGCCCGCGCCGUGCCCCGCACCGAUGUCCUCCCCAGAUGGCAGGAUACGACGCCGCCACCUGCCGCGCGCGAAGAUCCGCUUGCUAGUGGGAACGAGCGCGCUGUCAUCGAGCGCGGGCCAGAUAUUAUGAGCCUGAAGGAGUACUUCGGCGCCCUCAAGGUCGUCGUGGGUGAUCUUGAGCCACUGUACCAGGGGCUGCAGGAAGGACGAGGAGGGACAAGAGAACAGAAGGUUGCUGAGCUGUCCUCUCUACUCGAAGAUGGCUUCAACCGCCUCGUCGAGCUGCUGAUCUCGCGAACGAAGGAAACAAUGCCGCGCCCCUUUGACCCGGAGCAUCUGAUUGCAUCUGCGCCGCAGCCCGUCACGACGUACUACAGCGGCCUGUCGAGCGUCAAAGCGCUUUCUACCGGCCUUGUGGCGCUGGUAGAGCCCGCGCAGCCGACACCGCGCACGAGCGAGCUUCUCACUCCAAUACUAGGAAGGGCGAUAAACGCGCUGGGUGCGAUUCGCGGAGACUGGCUGCGGCGUUCCCUAGCCGGCGUUGCGCGGCAAGUCGAGGAGGCACCCAGUGCAUGGAAUGGUCUUGACGGCGACAAGGUCCGAUUGGCUGUGCGUCUUUGGGAUGCUUACCUCGUCGCGUGUGAUGCCGAGGUCGAGGUCGCAGGCAUCAUGCUUCCUGGCGCGGCAGGCGAACGCCUAGUAGACGUCACGAUCCCGCACGGCGCCACCCUUCUAUCCUCGACAAUGGGCAACGUCAUUGCUGGGUUCAAGCGCAACCUUGGCGACAGCACCAUGGUCCUUCUCAACCUUUACAGCGCCCUCACCUCCAUUGCGCUGCGGUAUGACGCAGCCAUAUCCAGAGUCCUCUCCGAGGACGUGCCGGAGGUGCGCACCGCGCUGUCCUCUCAGCUAUCCGCAAUGCGCGCCCUUGCACUCCGCUCUUUCCCCGAACGACUCGCCGACAUCCGCGCACCACCCCGCUCCCCACCCUCCAGCACGCAGAUCGACGACACGACCCACGCGACGCUCACGUAUCUCGAACAGCUGCCCGUGUUCGGCAGUCUUGCUGAAACGCUCCUCCGCUCCACCGGGCACGGCGAGCGCGCGUGGCUAAUGGGCGGCGCUGCGCCCAGCGGAGCCACCAAUGCGCAGGAGGAGGGAGGCAUCGUCAACCUCUAUGCUGCCGACGUGCUGGGUACCCUCAUCGGAGCGCUUGAGGCUCGUGCAAAGGGCAUGCGCAAGCCAGUGGGCGCGGCAUACCUCCUCAACAACUUGUCACAUAUCAGAAACACCACCGCAUCGUUCAGCGCCGACAUCAUUGGGCCGGGCGCAGAAGAUUUGCUCAACAAGCACUUCCGCGAGGCGAAGAACUCAUAUCUCUCCGAAUGGGCCCUCCUCGUCCAACUGCUGUCCCACACCGCAGAAAAGCGCUUCAACGUGGGUAGCGCCGACAAGCAGAGCACGAAGGAGGCCGCGGCAUCCUUCUUCGACCGCCUUACCGAGCUGGAAAUGGUGUGCCGGCAGCAUCCCUUCUCGCGGCAGGACCCCGAGUUGCGCGAGCGCAUCGGCGCCGAAGUCAGCGACUUUGUGCGUCAAGGAUACGCAUCGUUCUGGACAAAGGCGCACUCGAAGGGGUACGACAAGUACCUCCGCCAAACGCCAGACGAGCUGCACCGCCGUGUGCAGAAUGUCUUCCGAUAG